AUGACAGGCCGGGAGGACCCUCCAUCCCGGAACGCCGGGGCAGACCCAGACCCAGACCCAGAAUCACCAGUCUCUACCGCCUCCGCCUCCGGAGCUCUGCCCGCAACGUCUUCCCCGGAUCUCCACCGGCGCAACGACAAUGACGAUCGGGACAGAGACGCCUUGGAGCUCCACGAGAUCGAAACGCACGAAGAUGACGCGGAGAGCUGGUCGUCCGGCUCCAUCUCGUCCGGCGAGUACCGGGUCACCACCCGGCGCACGAUAUCGCGCUCCAGCCAGCGCACCGAGCCAGCGCCCAAACAGCGGACGGGCUUCUGGGGUCGCGUGCAGCGGUUCUGGACGCGCAAUGUCGUGAUGACCGUGCCGCAGAAGAACAAUCGGGAUCAUUUUGCCCUCGAGCGAACUUUCCUCGCCUACAUCCGCACCUCCGUCAUGAUCGCCAUGCAGGGCGUCCUGGUCGCGCAGCUGUUCCGGCUCCAGCAUAUCCUCGUCCCCGACGUGGAGCUGGGGUACUACCAGGUCGGCGUCCCGUUGUCGGUGACGUUUCAUGGGAUCGCCAUGUUGGUCGCCCUGCUGGGCGCGGCUCGUUUUUGGAAGCAACAGCAUGCGAUGGCUCUGGGGACGGUCUAUGCGGGCGGCUGGGAGGUGAAUACCAUUGCGUUGUUGUUAUGUUCGGUAGGUGUCUGUGUUCUUACUGUUCCUUACAGUGUUCCUUACUAA